AUGAUCAGGCUUAACCCUAAGAAAAGUUCUGGAGCCGGGGUGAGCGAUUCCACUCACCUGAUCAACACAGUAUGGCAGCAGGAACUCGCAAAGAUUCAAACACGCUGGCACGUCAAUAAUAAGGAAAAUGACUCGGAUGGCUCUUCGUCAGUGUCGGACAGUGACAACGAGGACGAACAGCCGGCGCGUCUAAUAUCCAGACCCACGCAAUCCCAAAAACACGAUGUCGGUCCGAGAGGUGAGGAGGAGGAAGAGGGGGAAUCUCAAAACAUCGAAAACUUUUUGGAUGAGGCUUUCAGCGGAGUAGAGGGACCACUGACAGCAAUAAAUGACUCGGAUUCCACAUCGGCAUUGGAAGAGUCGCACGAAGAGAAGGCAGCAGGACCUUCCGAGGCUGUGGAAGAGCUGGGGUUUGAGCAGCUCGCUGUACCGACUACAAAGGUUCCUCAGGUCUCUGCGGAGACUUCUAGAGGAGCCACCGACGGUGACAACGACUUGAGUACCGACUUCUCAACUUCGCUCUAUGACGAUAAAGACAGUGAUACCGAAGGAGUUUUCAAGGAUCACGUUACACCUAUUAAAGAUGUGCCAUGGUUCGCCCUUGAAGACCAUCUAACCGAGGCAGAGGGGGCAUUUAUGACUCGGAAGGCUUCCGCUAUCGAGGGUUCUCCGCAAUGCGCCGCACCAGAUACGUGUUUAUUAAAGGAACUAGUUACAAAAUGUAGAGGCCGGGUGACUGAUCGGAUGGUCUCUCAAGUGCGGGUUGAAGCUCAGAAAGGAAACGAGACUACCCUUGCGUCAACCCUGACGAACGAUAUUACUGUGAAAUCUAACACAAACCUUUACAAUCGACAAGCCAUAGAUUCUGCCGGAGACUUUCGAAAGAGAACAAGGAAUGAAGCCCACAAUGAAGCCGAACAAGACCGAAAGAGACCCAAAACGAUAGGAAGGAAAAUUUGCGUUGGCCAGAUUCCCAAACGUGUUUUGAGCUUGGCGAUUUGGAAGCUCCUUUCCGCUCCAACAAUCCCAAGGGAAAGAGCUGCCUAUGAGGACGGCCUCACAGACCUUCUCGCCAAAACUGAUUGGGUCAAGAGCAACAAUUGGGGAAAACUCCCAUAUUCAGGUUACGAUUUUACCCGACUCUGGAAUAACUCCCUUGAUGUCGACCCAUAUCCUGGGCUUGAUGCCACGAAAAAGGCACUUCUCGUGGGAAAUCUGCCCUCGAUGUCCUCACCUGUUCCUCACCUGCGUCCCGCUCCCGAUUUACAAACCCGAAGGCAAGCUCCCAAAGCGAUCGAAAUCAUUGACCUCACACAACCUGUCCCGAAAAAUGUGGAAGUCAUUGAUCUGACAGAAAGCCCUCCGUCUCCCCCUCGGCUUGUAGCACGCCCGAUGAAACACUUUCACGGCCCCUCAUCCAAUCCUCCCUCCCCCUUGGUGCGUGAAGGCGCAGCGGUCCAAUCGCAGACAAACCCACGACCUCAGACUGUGCCUCUUUGGUACCAUGAGUAUACUCUUUCUCAGCAGAGAAACUAUUACCUUGCGACUACCCUUUGGUGA